GCCGUGCUAGUGGCAAAGUUUGGGAAUGAUAGUAGGAGCUGUGAAAGAUUGCAACUGAGGGGAAGAGUAGCGUUUAUGAUCCGUGUGGAAUAAUAACCAUAUUUCAUUUUCAGGAGGAAAAUACGCCGCUCUUUCGAGAUCCAGUACUGCCUGCAUUGUGCACCUUGAAAAAAGCAAACUAAAGCCAUGUCGGAGGACCUGAGCUCCCAACCUUGGUCCAUCAACAAAGAUGAUUAUGAGCUACAGGAGGUGAUUGGGAGUGGAGCCACUGCGGUGGUCCAGGCGGCCUACUGUGUGCCCAGGAAGGAGAAGGUGGCAAUCAAGCGCAUCAACCUGGAGAAGUGCCAGACCAGCAUGGACGAGCUUUUGAAAGAAAUCCAGGCCAUGAGUCAGUGCCAUCACCCCAACAUAGUGUCCUACUACACCUCCUUUGUGGUGAAGGAUGAGCUGUGGCUGGUGAUGAAGCUGCUCAGUGGUGGCUCUGUCCUGGACGUCAUCAAGCACAUCAUCUCCCGGGGGGAGCACAAGACGGGGGUCCUGGAUGAGGCCAGCAUCGCCACCAUGCUGAGGGAGGUCCUGGAGGGGCUGGAGUACCUGCACAAGAACGGACAGAUUCACAGGGAUGUGAAGGCUGGAAACAUUCUUCUGGGAGAAGACGGCUCGGUACAAAUUGCAGACUUUGGUGUCAGUGCCUUUUUAGCCACCGGGGGCGACAUCACCAGGAAUAAGGUGCGGAAGACGUUUGUGGGGACCCCCUGCUGGAUGGCCCCAGAGGUGAUGGAGCAGGUCCGGGGUUAUGACUUCAAAGCGGACAUCUGGAGUUUUGGGAUUACAGCCAUCGAACUGGCGACAGGAGCCGCCCCCUAUCACAAGUACCCCCCCAUGAAGGUGCUGAUGCUGACUCUGCAGAACGACCCGCCGGGGCUGGAGACGGGCGUCACCGACAAGGAGAUGGUCAAGAAAUACGGCAAGUCCUUCAGAAAGAUGAUCUCGUUGUGUUUGCAGAAGGACCCAGAGAAAAGACCCACAGCUGCUGAGCUUCUGAAGCACAAAUUCUUCACAAAAGCCAAGAACAAUGAAUACUUGCAAGAAAGGCUAAUACAGAGGGCCCCCACAAUAGGAGAGCGAUCCAGAAGGGUGCGGAGAGUUCCAGGCUCCAGCGGCAGGCUGCAUAAGACGGAGGACGGCGAGUGGGAGUGGAGCGACGAUGAGCUGGACGAGGAGAGCGAGGAGGGAAGGGCUGCCGUGUUAGCGCUGCGGUCUCCCCGAGUGAAGGAAGCGUCGCAGAAUUCAGAGAUUUUUCCAUCAACAGAACCUUCAGGUAGUCACCUCCAGCCUUCAGCCCCGGCCCCAGCCCCAGCCCCGGCCCAGGCCCAGGCCCAGCUACCUCAGCCUGCCGCCCCAGCCCCCACGCAGGCCCCACCAGCCAGCGCUCCACCCGCUGCCCAGGCCCCGGCCGUGGCACCAGGCCCGCCCGCCGCCGCGCAGAACCCAGCUGCAGCUCUCUCGUACGACGCCACCAAGUCCCCCAUUAGCUUGGUAUUAAGGUUGAGAAAUUUAAAGAAGGAGCUGAACGACAUCCGAUUCGAGUUCAUGCCCGGGAGGGACACGGCGGACGGAGUGUCCCAGGAGCUGGUGUCUGCGGGCCUGGUGGACGGCCGGGACUUGGUAAUAGUUGCUGCUAACUUGCAGAAAAUUGUCGAUGAGCCUCAAACAAACAAAAAUGUCACUUUCAAGUUGGCUUCAGGAGUGGAAGGCUCUGAAAUUCCUGACGAUGUUAAACUUAUGGGAUUUGCACAACUCAGCAUUAGUUAGACCAUAGUACUGCUACCAGGGACACCACUUGCCUAAAGAAACAGAAACAGUAUGGCACACCCGUGCAUUCUAAUGACUUUCAUUGGCCUAAAGAAACCACUACUGCCAAAGAGAAAGACCUUGUCAUCAGCCCAUAGGAACCAGAACCAUUUAAUAGGAUGUGCAUUGAGGAUGCAUUGUACACUGUAGGAAUCACAGUUAAAAGGUUUACAUGUGUGUGUGUGUAGAAGGACGCAAUCAUCACAACUCACCAGUCUGCCAUUUCCUCUGAGUUUUCUUUCUUUCUGUCUGUCUUUCUUUCCGUCUUUGUAAUUUAAGAUGUACGUUUGCACAAUCUGAACCAACUCCUGCAAGUCCUGGUAAUGUAAAAUGCCUUAUUUACAACAGUACUACUGAGAACAUGAUGGGGCUGUCCCCGGUUUAGUCGUGGAGCUUAACUGUAGAUUGAAUUUAAUGUGGUUUCAGUUACUCAUGUUAAACCUUCCCAUUUUGGAGCUGUGAACACGUGCUGUCAGAAUGCCAAUACCGUACCAUGUAAACCCACACACACGCACACACACACACACACACACACACAUUUUUGAGCUGUGCAUGGAGCUGCAGCCAGUAUCUUCCCCAAAACGCCUGCGUCUGUCGCAGCUGUGUGAAACGCACUUAUCAACUGAUGAAACAGUUGCAUUGAAGUGGCUUUGCUUGGCUCCAGCACAGUCCAUUUGGAAGAUUUUUGGGUUGAACAUUGGCCAGAAAUACCAUUGUCCUAAUCCGCCACAUGGAGAGAGGAAAGUUAGGCUGUGGGAGUGGUUUAAGAUAAAUGGACAAACACUUUAACCAAGAAAAUAAAUGACUCCCAUUGCGAAAAGGGUUCCAGGUUUUCCUAAAUGCUCCUGGGCAUCCCUUGUGUAAUUCCCUUUCUUUAUUCCAGCCUGCCCCUGGAACUGCUGUGGGUCCCUGCUUUAAUCCAUUUGAUUUGAUCCUAUUUGUUCCCUCAUCUGUCUUUCUACAGCAAAGGGCUUCAGAUUCCUGUCCUGGAGGGCCGCAGUCUCAGCUGGUUUUUGUGAUUUUUUUUUCAAUCAGCAGCCAAUUUAGGCCUUGGAAACAAGGUGUCUGUAGAUUCUUUAGCCAAUCACUGACUUUAAUUUAGGACUUUAGUGCUGGAACCUAUCAAAAACCAGCAGACACAGCAGCCCUCCUGGAUUUGGAACAAUAAAUGAUAUCAUUUCCAUAAAGCCCUGAAGGAGGCUUCGCUUCCCACCAAAACCUCGUCAAAACCUUUGACUCUGGGAUUUAGAAUUUCACAUCAAAUUUUAAAUGACAUAAAAUAGUGAAAGUUAUGUUUUGAAAGCUAGAGGAUAAUGGUAAGACCCUCUUCAACUACUUUCCAGGGGCUGGUCCCAGAGGAACUGGGGUCAGUGUACCAGCUCUCGUGCCCCACUACAGUAAAAAAGAAAAUGGUGCAUUGUACUAAUGCCCACUCACCCUCCACAAUCCUGCCCACAGGAAACAGGUUAGGCACCCCGGCCCUGGCCAACCCUCUCCAGAUUAAGGUGUGAUGCUCAAUGCCCAGAAACGUGGCGCAUGCUCUCCUCUGGGCCCGACCGCUUCUGGUACCAUGAAGAGACCGGGCCCAGCGAGUCACUGCUCACGGCAGCAGGAACCGGAUUUUCAAACCCCGGUCCUCUAUUGGCUGUUUCAUACUAUCUCAGACUCCUCAGAUCUCAUGUUCUGGCAAAAAAGGCACUGGAGAAUUUCUGAUAAUUCCACUUUUUGAAAGAAGUUUAAACACAAACAUAUCUCACUAAUUCACUAAGUAUUCCACAGCUCUGUAUCUGAAAUCGGAUCCUCACGACGAUGUAUUUAAGCGUGUACAUAUAUAUUAUAUAUUAAAAAAAGCAUUUUUAAGAAGUUUAACGGCGGAGUAACUGAAGCCACACGUUCUGCCUGUGGCGCAUUGGGGUCUGUUCGCGGCUCAGACUCUGGAUUCGGAAGACCGUAGCGCACAUUAGCUUGGCGCGGAUGGCAAGCGGCUGCAGAGUACUUGAUCGACGACGUUAGCGUGUAAAUAAUGAAAUUUGGUGUCGAUUUGUUUUUAUACUGGGUGUUUCACAUUUGGCCUUUGUAUCUUAAAAGAAGAGAGGAGGUGGAGGGGCGCGGAGUCCGGAGAAAGGAGGGCGCACGCGUUUCGUUUUCGUUCGCGUUUUCGCUUUUCGUUCGCUUUUCUUUCGGCGGCGGAUAUGGCGGCCGGGUUUGAUCCAGAAACGGCCGUGUUCUCUCUCUCUCUCCCCCCGCUCACGGGGUUCCAGCGCUCUGCUUCCCUCGCGGCCUCCUGCUCGUCUCGCUGGAGGUGCUCUCUCUCAUUAAGCCUUUAAGCCUUUUUCGAUUGGACGGGUGAAUAGAGUGCCAGAUAUCACUGACCCUUUCUCUCAAUCUUUCUCAGCUUGACAAAACUGACCCACUGAUGUAUUUGACUGUGCACGCUUGAAAACUUGGGGUUAUCUGUCUUUCUUAUUGGUGUUUGUAUUCCCUAGAUUGCCAUGUGUAAAUCAAAAAAAAAAUAACUAUAUGUAUUUUGUGAUUAUUGGCUAGUCCUUUUUGAAACGCCACUCCUGAUUUUAAGCAAUAUUGUGAUGGUGGACUUGUAUGUCAGCAUGUUUUAUCAAGCCUACUGACUGCUCUCAACUGCCUAGUGCUUCUCUGAAACUACAAAGGAAAAAAUGGUAUCAUUAGCUUUUCAUGAGUUACACUCGUGAAUCGAGCUACAAGAAUAUGUACACACUCUAGUAGUGAUGUCACCUGUAGUGUUUGAACUGUGCUUUUGUUCAGCAGCCUGUGUUCUCACAAUGCUUUGUGAUGUCACAAUAUAGUGUGUCAAUGAUUGUGUGACAUCAUUUGUCCUCAUUAAUUCACCAUGGCGGGCAGUUUUUAUUGGCUUAAUGUUUUAUUGGUCAAAUAUAAAGUUGGAUGUAGUGGGCUGUCUGACAUUUGACAUGAGAAAUGCAUAUAAUCAAUCUGAUGUAAGUCGUGGUCUUUCUUGAUUUAUGUAGCACUGUAUGUUAAAUCCUGUGAAUUGUAGAAUAGUGUGACUUGAAUGCUUGGAUUGGGAGAAAGUUUAGUUAUGUCAAGUUGAUUUGAUUUUGAUUUUAUGGGUCUCCUGACAGAAGAUGCUUGUUUACCGGUAAAUGUUUCCGUCAGAAGUACAGUUAUCAUUAUGUCUGGCCUAACACUCCUCCACUGGACUUCCAAAAGCACCUUUCCCAUUCUCUAGUCAAUCGGUCACUUUGAUACCCAAAGCCCCAUUAGAACUUUACAAAACAUUGCGCCGAUGUUCUCGUAAGGUUGUCCGAAUAUCGUGGUGCACCGUUGUGGUUUAAAGUUUGGUGGGUGUUAUGCAGGCUAGUGUUAUUAAUUGUCCAGCUGGUAAAUAAAUGUUUUCUGUAAUGGUAUUGAUUUAACUGAGGAGUAAUAAUGAGAUGUAGGUAUUAUCCCAACCUUGAAGUAUUGAGUGCCAUUUGCCUGUACUUGACUGCUGUGGCUGGUAUGGCUAUAUGAGUAUAAUCGUUGUUCAAUCAGUGGCACCCACUGGAUUAUACCCUGGAUCAAACUGCAUUCAAAUCUUCAUUUAUUUGAUUUUGCUCCACUUCUUUUAUUUUUGUUUCCUUGUCUGUUUUCUUAUCUGUAAUAAAUCGAACUUAAUUAACAGCAUUGUAUCAGUGGGACAGAACACCUUUACACAUGACUUUGUGUGUUGUAGACUUAAACACAAAGCUGUAAGAUAUUUCAGUUUCCCUUCCUGUUAUUUUCAAGUUUUUUUUUUUUGUUUUUUGUUUUUUGUUUUUUUUGGAUUUCAGUGCAUGUUUCCAUAAUUAUUAUUUUUAAUCAAUAAAGAAUGAACUUGUCA